AGAGAGCGGACGCGCCUGAGAGGAGCCGUCGCUUUUUCUCUUCUCCCGCCUCAGAAGCCUCGGCGCUGCCUGCUGCGUGCUGCGUGUGGCAAGGUGGCCCCCACGGCCCUGCCUGCCCCCUUCCUGCUCGGCGGGAGCUGUGGGGAGAGCGCGAGGCUCCUGCAGCCGCCCCAGUCUCUUUUCUCCCGCCUUCUCCUCGUCGCCUCCUCAGCGCCCGGAGGAAGCUGCUCGCCUCCGCCCUCCAGCCAAGCGGGGACCCGCUGCUGCCGGCGCCGCCGCUGCUGCCGCUUUUGCCCCCGCCGUGAUGCCAUGCCCCGCAGCCACAGCCGAGGAGACGACGAGGGCGGCUCCGCCGGCGGGCUCUGGCUGAAGAGCAGCACGGCGGGGUGUCGCGGCGGCGGGGGCAGCGGCAUGAAGGAUGUGGAGUCUGGCCGGAGCAGGGUGCUCCUGAACUCGGCGCCCUCGCGAGGGGACGGCUUGCUCCUCUUGGGCACCGGCGGCGGGCUCGGCGGCUUGCGGGAGAGCCGGCGAGGCAAGAAACGAGGAGCCCGGAUGAGCCUGCUGGGGAAGCCGCUCUCCUACAGCAGCAACCCGAGCUACCGGCGGAACGCCAAGUACAGGAGGCUGCAAAACUAUCUCUACAACGUGCUCGAGAGACCCCGCGGCUGGGCGUUCAUCUACCACGCCUUCGUUUUUCUCCUUGUCUUCGGUUGCUUGAUUUUAUCAGUGUUUUCUACUAUCCCUGAACAUACCUGGCUUGCCACUAGUUGCCUCUUCAUUCUGGAGUCUGUCAUGAUUGUUGUCUUUGGUUUGGAGUUUAUCAUGCGCAUCUGGUCUGCUGGCUGCUGUUGUCGGUACCGUGGAUGGCAGGGAAGGCUGAGAUUUGCAAGGAAACCGUUCUGUGUAAUAGACAUCAUUGUUCUCAUCGCUUCAAUAGCAGUUGUUUCUGCAAAAACUCAGGGUAACAUUUUUGCAACAUCAGCACUGAGAAGUCUUCGUUUCCUACAGAUCCUUCGCAUGGUGCGCAUGGACCGAAGAGGAGGAACCUGGAAAUUGUUAGGUUCAGUGGUUUAUGCACAUAGCAAGGAAUUAAUCACCGCCUGGUACAUAGGAUUUUUAGUAUUGAUUUUUUCAUCUUUCCUCGUCUACCUGGUUGAAAAAGAUACAAAUGCUCAAUUUUCUACAUAUGCAGAUGCUCUGUGGUGGGGCACAAUCACAUUGACAACAAUUGGCUAUGGAGAUAAAACCCCUCUCACCUGGCUAGGAAGGCUGCUUUCUGCAGGGUUUGCACUGCUUGGCAUUUCUUUCUUUGCCUUGCCUGCUGGCAUUCUUGGGUCAGGAUUUGCAUUAAAAGUACAGGAACAGCAUCGUCAGAAACAUUUUGAAAAAAGAAGGAAUCCCGCUGCCAGUUUAAUUCAAUGUGUAUGGCGUAGUUAUGCGGCUGAUGAGAAAUCCGUUUCCAUUGCUACCUGGAAGCCUCAUUUGAAGGCCUUGCAUACCUGCAGCCCAACAAAGAAAGAACAAGGGGAAGCAUCUAGCAGUCAAAAACUGAGCUUUAAGGAACGGGUACGGAUGGCUAGCCCACGUGGACAGAGUAUCAAGAACAGGCAAGCUUCAGUUGGUGACAGGAGAUCACCAAGUACUGAUAUUACGGCAGAGGGCAGCCCAACAAAAGUCCAAAAGAGCUGGAGCUUCAAUGACCGAACACGCUUCCGACCUUCCCUACGUUUGAAGAGUUCACAGCCCAAGCCAGUGCCAGAUACUGAAGCCAGUAUCGCUACAGAUGAUGUAUAUGAUGAAAGAGGAUGCCAGUGUGAUGUCUCAGUAGAAGAUCUCACCCCUGCACUUAAAACAGUAAUCAGAGCUAUCAGAAUCAUGAAAUUUCAUGUUGCCAAAAGGAAAUUUAAAGAAACUUUGCGUCCCUAUGAUGUUAAAGAUGUCAUAGAACAGUAUUCAGCAGGCCACCUGGAUAUGUUGUGCAGAAUUAAAAGUCUUCAAUCAAGGGUUGACCAGAUUCUUGGAAGGGGACAAAUUGCGUCUGAUAAAAGAAGUCGAGAGAAAAAUACUGCAGAGAAUGAGGCAGCUGAUGACCUUAGCAUGCUAGGGCGCGUAGUCAAGGUGGAAAAACAGGUUCAAUCCAUAGAGUCAAAAUUAGACUCACUACUAGAUAUCUACCAACAGGUCUUGAAGAAAGGAUCUGUAUCUGCACUGACUUUGGCUUCAUUUCAAAUGCCAACUUUUGAAUGUGAUCAAACUUCUGAUUAUCAAAGCCCUGUAGAUAGUAAAGAUUUGUCUAGCUCUGCCCAGACCAGUGGAUGUGUAUCCAGAUCAGCCAGUGUCAACAUGCCAUGUGGCCUACAGCUUAUACUGACACCAAAUGAAUUUAACCCUCAAGCUUACUAUGCGUUUAGUCCAACUAUGCAUAGUCAAGCCACACAGGUGCCAAAUGAUGGACCUGCAACUCUAUCAGCUAAUAAUGCACUAAACCAAAUACACCAGACAUCUAAGCCAACAACACCUACAACGUUACAGAUACCACCUUUUUCAUCAGUAAAGCAUAACAAUAGGCUGGAGCCUAUACAUGUUAUUCCCGUGAGCACACAGGAAAAUACUUCUGAUGUCACCGCUUGCCUUGUUGCUUCAAAUGAUAAUGGACAAAUUGCACAGUCCAGUGUGACAAAGGAUCUCUCAUGGAGAAAAAGCCUUGAUACAGAAGGGGAACCCUUGGUCUCAGUGAAACCAAUAGUACAAAUGGAUAUAGGGAAAUCGCUAUCUGUUCAAAACCUUAUACAGUCAACAGCCGAAGAACUGAAUGUACAGAUUUCUGGUAGUGACACCAGUAGCUCAAGAGGUAGUCAAGAAUUAUACAGCAGAUGGAGGGAAUCAAAAUUAUUUAUAACUGAUGAAGAAUUGGAAUCAGAGAGAGAAAAUGAGACUUUCGAAGGCAUUUCCCACCCAUUAGUGGAAACGACUCUCUCUACAGACUCUCUAAGGACUGGAAUGUCAAGAUCAUCUCAAAGCAUUUGCAAGCCAGGGGAUGGUGCAGAUGCUCUCAGCCUGCCUCAUGUCAAACUUAAAUAGCAUUUUGUGGAUUUUGUUCACAUGCUGAGUAAUCCUUUCAGUCAUACAUAUCAGAGCAUGGACUAUUUUGAAAGCCCUUUUAAUGAUUUUUUAAAAAUUAAAUUAAUCAGAAAGAAAGGCAGUUGUAUGAGUCCAUAUCUUUUAGCUGCAUGAAAAUGCAUGUUUAGGAGAUGGAAAAAUUCAAUUUAUAUCUGCAGUACAUUGGUUCUUUCAUUUAGUACAGUAGGUAUAAAUGAGUAAUCUACAAAACUAAUGCUAGAGGUUUAUUAAACAACAACAGAUCUGAACAUGUAGAAACCAUGUUUCUAAAGUACGCAAGUAAAAUUCUCAAGAUAAUAAAGCACUUUGCUUUUGGUUAAAAUAAAUAUUUGCCCUGAAUUAGACCAGUUAUGUUUGCAACAAAAACUACUAUAUGCAGCUGCUAAUGAAGGAACACCCAUAAUAAAAGAUUAGAAAUGGCUGCUAGUUGCAAGCUUCCUUAGUGUCUGUAUCUCUUUGGAGAUAUAAUACUGAGACAAAGUAUUUUGCACAGCACUUUUUUUAGGUUAGGACUGACCUUUUUUCCCCUUUUGCUAUGAAAUGUACACAAUUCCAAGUUAUCAGGGAUGACCUUCAAUGUGAAUUUUUCUCUUGUCUCAAACUUUCUGAACAUAUUGAUGGUCCUCUUGUGAAUCUGAAGAAUUUUGGCAGAAAUCUCUACAAGGGAGAAACAGAAGCUUGCUUCAGAUGUAAUAUCUUCUCCUUUUAUGAUGUAGUCAGUCCUCAAGUUCUGAGGCUGAAUGAUAGCACAAGCAAAGAUUGGGGAGAAUAGAAAAAGUACUGUAUGAGGUUGGAGAGAUAAAAAAAAACAGUGGAAAGUAGAACAGGGAGAAAAUAGAAUAAUUAUUUUUCAAGAGUUAAGAAAAAAAAUAAAAAGAAAAGAGUAUGCACAAGCACAGGUAAAAAAAAAUGUAGAUAGAAAGAAGGAAUGAAGGGUUCAUCAUUUGUCCUCCCCACAAAGACUAAGGAAAUACACCUCAUCUGACAGUGAAGACUACCUGUCAGAUCCUCCAAGUAUUUGUUCUUGGAAGGUGUGCUGGGAAGAAAGAAAAGUUUACAGAACUGCCUGUAGAGGUUUUAACAAUGGGAACCUAGAAACGGGUGUGACUUUCGAAUAGAUGUUUCAGAACAGUCUUUGUCCCCAAACUCUAUCCACAGAGGUUUGUGAUUCACAGCUUCCAGGAAAUCGAAGUUUAUUCCCCCCCCCAAAAAAAUGUAUUUUACUUCCCAAAUUUUAUUAAGACUAAUAUAAAGCAACAAUACUAGUAAAUAUUUACAAUGUCAUACCUAAGCUUUGCCACAGAAAUCUUUUAAAAGCCUAUAAGCACAUUCCAAUCUCACUUCCCAUUGGUAACAAAUGUUUCUAUUUAUUAUAUCCCCUCCCCCCGAAAUAUACAUUCUGUGUAUGCUCAUGAGCAGGAUGUCCUGUGCUCAACCUUCUCUAGUGAUUCCAAAGGCAUUCCACAAACUGAAGGAUGCCACUACUAGCUCACUCAGAGCAUGUGAUCGUUUACAAGCCAGCCCUGCUGAGAAUGAUGUUAUACAUAAAAAUGUCACAAGAGUCUUAAUCAUGGUUAAAUGCUGCAGAUUGUACUGCAAACAAUUUGAACUGUUUACUCUACAUCUGUUGUAGUUUCUGCCUCCAUUGUUCUUUUAUACAAAAUAAAUUUCUUGAUGUUUCCUCUUAAUCUUAUGUGAAAGUACAAACAAAUUGUGAAUUGUUUAUACUGUGUCAUUCAUAUAAUACCUGCAGAUGAUUAAUGCUGUUCUGCAGCUUUUGCUUGGUCAAAGCUCAUGGUAAAUACAAAGAGAAGGCACACUGAAGCACAUGGCUGUCUUUCACUUCCCACAUAAUUUUCUACAGUUUACCAUUACAAUUUGCUGUAUAAUUUUUGCUGAAAGUUGAGGCUGUAAAAUGUUUAUGUGAACAAAAACUGAUUUUCCAGAAUAUUUACAAGGAGGCACCUAAGCAAAAUAUAUUUACAAGGAGGCAACUGGAGGUGCCUAAACAAAAUUUGUCCUCCCAACAGAUCAUUUCUGCCCAUCUACUUGUCAAAAGCAGAGCAAAAAGAGGUGUGUUGAUGAGUUGCAUCUGUUGCAAACUAUGGGGGGAAGGGAGAGGAGCAUAUAGUUUAUGCCUGUCACUCCUUCCUCUGUUAUAUAAAAUAUACUUCUGUCAAAACAACUUCCGAGACAAGAGUUUAAAUACUUCCUUAUUUAGAUAUCUGCAGUUUAUCCAGCCAAAGCUAUUUUUCCCUAUUAAAAAAAAUAGAAUACAGACAAUAGACCUUUAUUUUAUGUAUUGAAUGUUUAAUAGUGCCUUUUUGUGCUUUAUGUGAAAUCUAGCUUAACAAAGGAGCUAGAGCAAAGGCACAAGGCAAGCAACACGUGUACAAAUAAUUAGACCUGCUUCCCAUUUUAAAUAGAUGAACAUGCAAUAUCAUUCCAUCACGUCUAUGGAGACAACAGCAUCUAAAUGGAGCUCCAUUUCAGCUAUGGGUUAGAGAGGGUUGCUGCUACAAGGCAACUAUGGUUGUCUUGGCUUAGAUGAUUCACCUACCAGAAAUUGCUAUUUUUGCCUUAAUCAGAGGACAUGCUUGAGUCCUCCUUGUUUUAAUUAUGCACAUAAUUUGAAAGUUGGCUACUUUCAAAAUACAUACAAAUCAGGAAUACCUUUGCAAAGUUACAGCUAACAAUUCGUAUUCUCACUCCAUCCCCAGCACACACAUACACCCCUUUGCACUGGCAGGAUUUACAAAUGCUAUUCUAAAUGUACAUGGUCUUUUUUCUACUGUUACACUGAUUACACUGGUACAUUUUAAAAAACAAUUAUGUGAAGGUUUUGAUUUUUAAUAUGAAUGUUCAAGUGUGGAUUUCAUAUAUCAUCAAUGGGAGUUCCUACAUGCACAACAUAGCAUGUGGGUCAUCUUUCCUCCUGCUGAAAUAAUUACCAAAUUUUCAUGUUGAAUACUACUGAACUCACCACAAUGAUAAUGAAGUGUAGGAGCAGGGACAGAAUGAACUUCUCCAUUGUUAUUCAUUGAGAGCCAUCAAUCUCCCUGUGUAUUAGAGCAUAUGAAAGCUGUAAAAACAACAAAACAGGAGGGAAUAAUUUGAUCCUUCCGAACGAUUUGAGGAUUACAAUGUAAACGAUUAAUUUUAUUUUGAUAGGUAUGUCACAUGUUCCAAGUUGAAGAAAGAAUAGAACAUAAUAAUAAUUCUGAUGAUAGUAUCUAAAAUAUAUAUUUUCUUCUUGCUCAUAUGAUAUAGUUUUAUUUAAAUAAAGAUAACAGUGUUCAAACUUAGAAUUCAGUAUAUCACACUAACCACAGUAAAUGUGUAUGAGAUUUUCAUACCUAAACAGACUGCUGUCAUUAAACACAAUGGCAGUUGCUUCUGUCCAUCUGACCAGACAAAUCAAUCCAAAACACUUUAUAAAAUUGUAUUGCCCAUGAGUUUAUAUAUGUACUGAACUAUUCAAAAAUUCUGUUAGCUUACCUCAACAAGUGUUGUCAAAGUUAAGAAAAUGCAGGUUUGAGCUCCAAGUUUUCCUAAGCAUCUGUUUAAAGUGUGAAUGACAUUGUUCCAAAUAUUUCCUGAGGAAAAUAAUACUUCCCUAAAUUAAUCCAGAUGUCAUGUUGACUCUAAAAAUUAAUGCACAAAUAGUAACAGAAAGCAGAUAAAGAAAAGUGUUAUGCUAAAGCACAGUAAAAUUUAGCAAAAAGAAAAAUGAAAUAUAUAAGCAAAAGCAAGCUGAAGCAUGGUGUAUAGGUGCUGUAUUCAAUGGGACUUAUUUCUAUUAAGGGCCAAAUUACAUCACACAAAGGUGUAUAUGAUAUAGCCUGCUGCCCUUGUUCUCUACAAGAUGUACUGGAAUGUAUAAUUGAGCAGAAAAAUGAAUGUGAUGCGGGGAGGCAGUGCUUAACUCUUUCUGCCUGGUAUUUCGACAUUCUCAAUAAUUCCCUCAUGAGGUGGCUUAUUAAAGAGGGAAACGAAAAAAGAGAUACUGGGCUAAUGUAUAUGUAAUGUGUAGUUUGGCCCUAAAGUUACAAUCUUUUAUACACUUACAUUGGAAUAAGCCCUGUUGAACUCAUUCGCCAAAGCAUGCCUAAACAUGAAUGUGUGGGCAUCCUGAUACAGUAAAGACCAUAACAAUUUUGCUUCCCCCAUCCCACAAUUGCCCUGCUGUUGUGCGACCCAGAGCAAAGCCAUGUUGACUUGGCAUUAUGCCAAAACCCAGGCGCAUGGUUUGUCUCACCCCGUGCAGACCAUGAGCUGUAGCUAAGGUUUGUUCUUGGCUUCUCUUCUGAGGUUUGUGAGACAAACCAACAGCCCACAUUUGGACAUGCUGUAUUGCUUAGCCAAACUAUGACUUAGUUCCUGAGCAGCAGCAAAAGGACCGAGGAGUGAAAUAACUUAUUUUUACUGUGAAUACCUACACACUCACUCUUUCAUGCUUGGCCAUGGUUUGGCUUAGUUUUAUGUUCGAACUGGGCCAGUGGGGACUUACUUGCUUCUGAAUGCAUAAGGUUGCAAUGCAUAAGAUUUUGUUGUGAAUGUGCUUAGAAUCACAGCCUUAGUCCAUCCUAAAUAUAUGAACAUUUCAGUGAUCAAUAGAUUCACACACAAGAAUGUUUUGUUUUUGUUUUUAGAAUUGGGGCCUUAAUAAAUAACCAUAAGAAGACCAAUUUUGACCUGGUGUGAUUCUGUUAACUUCAUUGGCUUUAUUUGCAGAAUAAUUAGAUUUGCCUUUCUGAGCUUCAGCUCCCUUCUUUACCACAAAAUUGUUUUAAUAUUGUUCAAAUUGACUGCAACAUCAAAAAUUGCUAUGAAUAUUUAAAUUGUUUCCUAGGUUUUCAUAAAAUUUCCAGUAAUUCAAACAGAUAUGGAAUACUUCCACAAACAAAACCUUUGGCCAUUGGGUGUGUUAUGAGAAACUAAAACUGGCUACAAUUUGAGGGGAAAGUGCUUUAAGGUUGGUUGUAUGACAGUAAUGGAAAAAUAUAAGGGACAUUUCCACUGAUGCUAAAAUGGCUUAAGCCAUUAUAUUAGAAUACAAUGUUAAUUGUAAUUUCAUGAUAAACUGAAUCCAUAUUGUUGUUAAUAAAACAGGUUAAAAUAAC